AUGUCGAACAGCGGUGGAUCCUUAUCCGGGAUAGCCUCUUUUUUGUCGUUUGAAGGCCAUGCCGCUAGAAUUGCUACUCCUGGUGCUGCAAUAUCAGGCUACAAAAACCUCUCACUUUUAGUUAUUAAUACCAUAGCAAUGGGUGCAAUCCCGUAUUUGGAUGGGACUUGCCUCUGGUUGUUGUCCGUCAGGAUCAUCCCGAUCGCACCUUGGCUUUUCAACAUCUAUCCACGGAGCUACGUUAACGACAGUCUUCGGCGCGGGCCCACUGUUCCCCGCCGAGCACACAACUGCAAUCCCCUUCUCGACUGCGUGGAAGGCACCGAUAGCUAUAGGGUCGGAUACAAAGUUAGGCUCCCCAGGGGACGACCCCAGGGACAGGGACAGCACGUCGACUCCGUCCGCUAUAGCAUCGUCGAACCCCUUGAGAAUGGCGGACCCGAGACAACCGCCGCUAGCUGUGCACACGCGGUACAUGGCUAUCCUCGACUCGGUGGACCCGCCAAAAGCGGUCCCAUUGGCGAGGCCGUAGUAGGAAGCACCCGAGACGGGCCUUCCGGACGCGGUCGAGGCCACGUGGGUGCCGUGACCCACGUCGUCACGUGGGGUCCCCAUGGGAAUGGGAGUUCUUUUCGACGAGCUUGUGCCGGUGUAGUAUCUUGCACCGAUGAGUUUUCUGUUUUCGGGUAA